AUGCAUUCACCACUCAUUCGCUUUGAAGAAAUUCAUCUUUCGGAGCAAGCAUCGAUCGAUCAACCAAUUGCCCACUCAUCGUUGAGCCAUCAUGUGGAAGCAAACACUGUCUACUUGAUUCAACGGGAUGGAACCAUAUCUUUUUUUAAAUACUCAAACAUUCCACAUCAACGGAAAUUGGAGUCUCUUCACCUUCAUCAACAACAAGACUUAUGGACCAAUCGAUAUGUAUAUUGUGUAGCAUCACGAAUCUCUCCGAGUGGAAAUUUAUUCAUGAUUAUACAAGAGCAAUAUUCUCGUCGUAUUUGCAAAAUCAAUAUUUACUUGAGAAAUUGGGAAAUAUUAAACGUUCAAGAUCCAUGCACUUCUCUCACGUACAAUUCGAUAGAAUAUGUUCGAUUGGCUGAUGAAGAAAAUGCUUGCAGAGAAUAUUUAAUGUUUUAUGGAGCUAGGUUUAAGAGCUCUCAAAGUUAUUUGACAAAAUUCGAUAUUGUACGCAAAACGUUUUCACAACUAACGACCUGUGCUUGUCUAGACCAAGACGAUGAAAUUAACUUUCAAUAUCCUGAUCCAACAUUAACCUAUUAUGACGAACGUCAUGGGAGAUGUAUUUGUGUUGGCUCUACAAGUUUUGGAAUGCAAGCAUUUGGCGAUUCCUUUGAGGAUUUACAUAUUUGGUAUUGUGAUUUCAAGAAGAAUGAAAAUCCAACCUUCAAGAUGAUAGAAACAAAUGCUUAUUUCCGAAAUGACAUCAUUUCCUUGGGAGUAGCCAAUCCAUUGACAUGUCUUCUUCCCUUAUCCACUCGUGGAGAUUUUGUACAUUUUAUGUUUGGAGAUUACAAUGACCAAGAUGCAGUAUCGACUGAAAACAUUUUUCAAAUUAUCAUUCCACACGACUUGGAGAAUUACAAUCAACAACUAUUGAAAUGGAUCAAUAUUACGCCACAUUGUUUUGAAAAAGAAUCGGACUUGGUUCUUUGGAAUAGUAUUCCUAAACAAGCGUGUUGUCAAUGUGUACCUAUUGAAAUGGACAUUUUCCAUCAAUACUAUCGACUUUUAUUUUUAUUCACGAAUGGAAAUUGGUUCACGAUUGAAAUUUCAUGGGACGCAAAGAAAUGUAGAACAAGAAACAACAACAACUUUCACACCAACUUGAUGGAGAAUCCCAAUUUCUCCUCUUCAUGCACGAUUCAUGUUAACAUGGAAUGUACUUUCGAGAAACAUUAA